UCCAAACACUCCAAUGCAGUGCGAGUACACAAGCUUGAACCAAUAUCCCGCCAAAUCUUUUUACCGUAUUUGGCUGGUAUUCGAUUUCCAUUCAUCAGAAUGGCUACCGAGAAAACUAUUAUUGAGAGGUCGCCCUUUCUCGAGAAAGAAAAGCACGACGAUAGUAGCUUGAAGCUCGCAAAUCAUGCCGAUCAUGGGGAGCCAAUCAAUCAGUUAAUUACCAGAAAAUGGCGACCCUUAAUUCGAGUCCUGUGUUGCUCUCUCCUGCCAUUGACCCUGCUUAUCCUCUCCCGGAAUAACCUUCGUCACAAUCAUCUAUACUAUCUCCCGGAAAUCUUCAAUGAAAGAAAAGUCUUUCGCCAACCGGACUUCGGAUCUCUUGAGAUUCCACAGAAGAAAAUAAUGCCUGACAGGUGUCCGGCCGUCGUCACCUCCAGAUCUGACCAGUUCGGCUUCGACUUCACAGAAGAUGACGUAGCCGCCAACCGAUGGCAGUUUCUUGAUUUCUCUCCUGCUGAGUCACGCAAGAGUCUUCGAGGUGAAAUAACUGUGGAUCGUGGAAUUUCCUCUCAACUCCAUGAUAUGGAAGUCAUCGUUAUCACUCGCUCUAGUGACGAGGACGAUUUGACGAAUGUGCAGUUCAACAAAUCGGACUUCAUGCUGAACAUGAACUAUACAUAUGAGAGCAGCGAUGUCUGCACAGAGGUUCAUAUACAAAUACUUCUGCGGCCAUCGAAUAAACGUUUCCUAGAACGGUUCGACAUUCGAACUAAUAUCCUCGACAUCAACUACGAACCAUCCCUUGGCUGGGAGAUCAACAACUUAUUCACACAUACCUCGCAUGGCGAGAUCUUUCUAGACUCCCGAUACCCCUUCGAAGCUCCAUUGAUUACACAUAACGUCUCCAUGAGUUCCAUUGAUGGAAUGGUCCUUGGCUUUUUCACCCCUGACGAGCACCUCGAACUCCACAACGAGGCAGGCGGAAUUGAAGUCCUUCUCUGUCCCAGGCUUUCUGAUGGUAUAUUGUUUGAUCCAAAGAGUAUUUCCAUCACUACAGUCUCUGGCAGAAUUCGCGUAGGACUUCUCCAUGACUUUUGGUACUCAAAACCCUAUACCCAUCAAACAAAAAUUGAGUCGAUCUCAGGCAAUAUCUCUGCCCACGUACCGCAUGGCUUAUAUACAAAUAUUUCCACUAUGAGCGGCACUCUUGAGACAAUGAUCAGAACAUGGGGAGCUGCCAGUCCGAACACCACAAAUGGAAUAUAUACGACUUCAAGAGGCGACUCAUCGGUGACGCUUUGUAGUCCAUCCGAUGCUUCAUCUGAUAGGGACUAUAAUCCGCUUACGAACACUAUCAGCACGCACGAGGUUACGGAGGGCAAACUAUGGGUGGGCUAUCCCCUUACCUGGUGGGGCAGUAUGGAAGGCAAGAUUGAACAGGGCAAAUUAACAUUUAACGGGCACAAUUUGGAAAGUGUUACGCUACGUGAGGGGUAUGUAGAAGCUACAAAGGGGAAGGCGGAUUCUCAGAUGAAGGCGCACAUUACUACAGGAGCUUUAUAUAUCUACCUCGGCUUAUUCGAAAGCUAUUGUUGA